AUGCACAGCAGCCUCUGGUUUGCCAGCUGCGUCGCUGCCUUGCAGCCGCCAGCAGCGAGACCAGUUGCACCACCAACGCGACUGCACGCCGUCGCUCCGGAAUCACAGUGGCAGUGGCAGGACAACAAGAUACGCUACGCGAGCGAGGGUCCGGCCGACGGCACACCAGUGCUGUUCCUCCACGGAUUCGGUUCGUCACUAGAAACGUACCGAGACAACGCGCCGGCGCUGGCGCAGGCCGGAUAUAGGUGUCACCGGCUGGAUCUACUCGGUCUCGGACUCUCGGAGAAGGCGCCGGGGCCCUACUCCAUCGGCCGCUGGCGCCAACAGGCCGCGGCCUUCCUCGAGGCGAACGCGGGCGGGAAGCCGGCGAUCCUGGUCGGCAACUCGAUCGGGUCGCUGGUCUCCCUCGACGUCGCCGCCAAACGACCGGAGUUGGUCAAGGGCCUGAUCCUGAAUAACUGCGCCGGCGGGAUGAAUUCGAAGUUCGCGGUGACGGACCCCGCGGUGUCGGAGCCGUCGCGGGCCGUCGGGGCCGUCUUCUUCGCGGUGCUGGACUUCCUGCUCGGCAUCAAGCCGCUCGCGCGGUCGCUCUUCGACAGCGUGCGCGCGAGAGAAAAUGUGGAGGCGGUCCUCAAGCAGGUCUAUACGAACAGCGAGCGCGCCGACGCGGUCAUUGUCGAUUCGACGCUGGAGCCGGCCGAGGAUCCCGCGGCGCUGGACGUGUUCGUGGAGAUACUGUCGGGCGACCCGGGCCCGCGGCCCGACGAGGUCAUGGGCGCCGUGACGUGCCCGAUCCACUGCCUCUGGGGGCGGAACGACCAGAUCACGCCCCUCGACGGGACGGGCGGGCGCUACUUCCAGGGCCUCGCCGCCGAGGGGCGCGUCAGUCUGACGCUCGUCGACGCGGGCCACGUGCCGCACGACGACGUCCCCGACGAGGCGAACGCGGAUUACCUGGCGUGGUUAAAGUCUAUUUAG